AUGUCUUCACGUACCCGUCGGCCGUCCCGAGGUCCAAAUGACCUCACGAUCGAUCUCACGGCUGAUAGCGACAGCGACAGUGACUUUCCGCCCGAAUUGGAAAGUCUGCUACCUCGUACCUCCAGACGUAAUACCCAGCGGCAGCCGCAGCCACAGCCUCGUGACAGCAGACCCGCACGUGCACCGCCGUUCGGUAGUCGAUCACGACAAGAGACACAUGAGGUGAUAGAUCUCUCAGACGACUCGGAUUUCCACGUUGAAGACCUUGACGGAGGGACCGACUUGCUGUCCGACGAUGAAGCCGACACGAGCCCCGAUAGUCCAGAAGUCCAGAUUGUACAUGAGAGACCGGCUCUGCCCGGCGAUCACAGGCCUCAGUCAGCAAGACCUCCGAACCACCGGCCUGCUCCACAGCAUUCGGAAAGAGGACCUUGGGUGAAUCUCCCGGAUUUUCUCCGACGGGGUACACAGUUCAUGUUCGGUAAUGUGCAGAAUGUCAACGACGUCUUUCUAGACCGGCUAGAUGGAAUCCGGUCUCGAGGCAGUGAUGGCCGACAAGAUGGAGAAAAUCCAGAUCCUGACUCUGGAUUCAUCAUCAACCUUGACUAUCGACAACCCGCCUUUGCCCUGGGUGGGCUCGAGAUAUACGAUCGCAGUUCGGAAACGCCACAGGUUGUCCAAGAGCCCUACAAGCCUCCCCCAGCUCCCAAGGAAGGCUUCAUACGGACGUUCGCCGAGGAUGACGUGGUGCUCUGUCCCAUGUGUGGCGACGAAUUGGCCACUGGAACAGGCGACACGAAGCAACAGGUCUGGGUGGUCAAACAGUGUGGUCAUGUCUACUGCGGAGACUGUGCCACGAAUCGAUUUGCUUCUAAGGCACGGAAAAAGGAUAAGAAGGCACCGCCAUCCAAAAUCACGCCCUUUUCCGAGUGCAGAGUCGAUGAUUGCAAAAUCAAACUCACCCACAAGACUGCCAUGUUUCCGGUCUAUUUAUAA